CCGGAUUUGGUACUGUGCCCGUGUCUCUUCUGGAUGACAUGCAUAGGCCUACGACGUCCAAAAAUUGUGACAGAAUUCUUCUGAGAAAAUUCGUUUAUUUUGUGAGACAAUUACCCUUAACCAAACGGUAAAAUUUGCCUUAGAGAUUUGAAACAAACUGGUCUAAACGAAUUAAACUACAUCAGCAAAGAUAAAGUGCUUUGACCGGUACUGAAAGGUUUAAAGUUACCACCAUGUCUUUUAGUGGAGCUUGUAAUUGGAAGCAUCGUCCCUGCCACUUCACAUGGAAACUCAACACCGGUAAUCUAGUCAACUACGACAAAAUCAUUCGGAACAUUGACUCCGACUUGGACAUAACAGGGAACCUAGCCACUGCGGGAAACUUAUUAUUCAGAUCCUAUUUGGAGGUUUCGAACCGUAAUUAUCAUUAUGACGUAAGCAAAGCGCUCGAAUUCCUCGAUAGAGCAGAUUAUUACGUAACCAACCAAGCACCACCGGAUUUUCGUAAUGGUUUUAAAAGUGUAGUAUUGCUUAACCGAAUGUGGAUUGAGCACAAGAACCUUGAUAAUAAGGAAGUUAACAGCUUACUGGCCAAACUGAAUGAGUUAGACCUAACAGAAAGGGAUUUGUGUGUAAUUAACACAUUGAAGGCUACAUGUUUGACAAGGCUAGGCCCGCCGGAAUUUGACAACGCACUUAAAUUGUUUGAGUCAGCGCUUGAACAUUUUCCAGAGAGUUCUGAUUUUUUGUUUGGAGCUAUGCUGAUAACUGGAAGAAAAAUGCGUUACAACAGGAAGCUUGGAGAUGAUUAUGACCAACUCGACGAUGUCGGAAAAUCACUCAUGGACAAGGAGCGUAGUUAUUGUGAAAGAUUGAUCAGAGUGAAUGAUGAGUAUCAACUUGGAAGGUCAUUCCUUGGACAAAAUUUUAAUCGACGAGGAAUAAAUUAUCACGACUCUGCUUGUUUUCAAUUAGAGAAAGCUUAUCAAAAGGCUCCUACGGUAAGAGCAGUGUUCAACAAUUUAAUCAGGUACUAUAGGUACCACAACGAAUUAGAAAAGGCUAUACGUGCAUUGAAGGACAACAUUGAAAAAUGGCCGUACGACAAUGUUGCCGAGAGCCACUUUCAGUUAGCUUUGUGCUACAUCCGUCAAAUAGACCAAGCAUUUUAUAAACGAGAACGUACACAAGCAGCCUUAUAUCAUCUAGACAAAUGUUUGGACCUGGACGAAAUGCAUUUGUUUUCCUUAACGAAAAAGCUUGAUUUACUGACCAAACGUGGUCCGUUGCAAGAUAUAGAAAAAGCAAGACGUCUCUACCAAGACAAACUACAACAGUCCGAUAUUUUAUCACCUCAGGAUCGGUUCCAUCUCUUCUACUGCUAUGCCAAGUUUCUGGACUGUACCAAGUCAAGCUCUAUGAUUGAAAUGUGGGAGCGUGUGAUGGACAUUUCGACGGAAAUGCAGUAUCAAGAUGAAAGCUCUGGUGAGUGGAAAGUAGCGGACAGGAUAAAGGUCGACAGGGACAGGGCAUACAAGAAACUUAUUACCUACUACGAGUGCACACGACGAGUAGAAAACAAAUACCUUAAGCUGGGCAAUCUGUAUCUUCAAAUGUUCGAAUUUGCAAAGGCUGGGAAGGCCUUCAUUCGUCUGGAUCCCAGUAGCAAUAUCGAGAUCCCAAUGGACCUCGCAGAGGUCCAUUUCAAAUGGGGAUGCAAACUAGAAGUGCAGUCUCAUUUAAGGCAGUGCCAACCACAUGAAGCAGCUGGGAUGUUUAGAAUGGCUCGAGAGAACGUUUUGACUGCAUCGAAAAUGAGUGAUUUUGACGAAUCGCGAGGUAGAAAGCUGCUUGCUGAUAUUGCUCUGUGGACUGCACACAACCGGCUGACCAGUGAAGGCUUGGAGACUCCUCAGUUACAGCCAACCCCACCAGACUCGGUGAAUGAGCCGUGCAUAGAUGCCUACCGAGAGGCCAUCAGAUGUGGAAGCCUCGUUGCAAGUGUGGAGCUAUUGCGUCUGAUCGAGAAAGGUCACCUCAAGACAAUUUCAAGAUCAGUGUAUAUCAGGAUUCUCGCAGAAAUCUACAUGUGUUGCUCAAGAGAUGCUAGCGGCUCUCUCCACACAGAACACAAGCCUCUCUCCUUCCAAGGAGGUCUGACCAGCCGUGAUAAAGACUCCGAUCAAAUGGGCAUGGAUUGUGACACGAUCAAGCAAGAUAUCACAGACCUCUUGAGUCAGGAUGAGUUCUACUCAGACGCACGAAAGCAAUAUUUCGACAUGGAGAGACAAAUACUUCAAGAGGAUCCGGGAAGUACAUCGGUCAAGUUGAUGUUGAGUGAGGCAGGAGGAAAUGCAGUCAAGGAUUGUGUCCUGAAGGCCGCGGUGGAUUGCUGUGAGAAAGCACGCCCUCUGUUGGAUCACAUCGUUGUGAAAUUCCAGAUGGAGGAGCUCAAGUUCAGUGAAGAAAAGAAAAAGCAGUACUUUCCACUGAAGAGGGAGACAGAUCGAACUAAACUGGAAAAAGAAAUGAAAAAGCCCUUGAAAGCAUUAUUUGAGGUUGACUUAAAGACACACUAUCCAAAGCUCUACAACUAUAUUCUUCAGAUACAGCCUGGCAUCAACCCCGAGUAUGAGUGUCUGCUUAGUUUAUGCGAGGUAGUCGGCCAGUCGAAGCAUGCGGGCAGAACACCUGAAAAACUAAGGAGUCUAGUCGAAGAUCCGGUAAAAAUGGCUCGACAAUCCAUGGACAAAGUUGAAGAGAUUUGCAACUUUUUCCGUGACACCAUGGAAGACGUAUCGCAACUGGACAACAAAGUUAAGGAGCUGGUAUCUGAUUUAAGAAGUGGGAGCCAUGACCAAGCAGCUCAGCUUUUGGGAAUCCUCACGGAGAAUCAUGACUAUGUUUGUAGAAUCAGAAGCACCUGGACAAUUCUGGAGAUGAUGGCACUUGUUCAGAGGAGCAGGAAUCAAGAUGGCCCAAUUGGCGACCCAGAUGGCCGAGUGAUUAGGUUGGUUGAAGGAUCAUGGGAGCUCUGUAAGAAACUACGCAGAUCUCACCUGGCAGUCGAGGCGGCCCUAUUAGAGACAGCCGACCCAAGUUCGAAUGACGUUCUAGAUAAAUGCAGAGACACGUGCAAGGAGACCGAUGGCGUUUUGAAGUCAGUCUUGGAAACAAAGAAAAGGAAUCGUCAAGAUGGCAAAGUGGUGGAGUUCCCGUUUAAGGACUUGCACCCACAAGGAUCCGAUCUGGGAUGGGAAGGAAAGGUCACCAGACAGCUGAAAAUAGACAUCAAACGCAUGGGUAUCAUUACAGACGACAACUUAAUAAAAAGUGUUUUAAAGCUUCAACCAUGCACCAAUGAGGAGAACUACAAGUUUAUUGCCAUGCGACGAUUCGCUCAGACGGACGACGGUGUGGAAGCACUCAAGGGUACUGUGUCCAUACAGACAGACAUCCCAGAUACACGAGAGUACAGGGUUGUUGAUAUUGUGAGAUGGUGUACAGACAAGGCUGAUGAGAUCGCUGGUGAAAUCUAUGAACUAACACUUUAGGUCCCUUGCUGAGCAAGACAUCAAUGCAAACUACAAUAACUGUUCUUAGGUUAGACUUGGUUCCAAGUCAACGACCGUGGCUUUUAGUCUACCCGAUAGCCAAUACAGUAUUGCCUGAAAUAGCACCCUCUUGUAGAUUAACCUCCGUCAUUAGCAAUCACGAGAUUGCGAGUUGGGGUGCGUCUAAUCUGUGGGGCGAUUUGCGUGGCUGAUGCAGAAGAAAAAACACGAUCUCAGACUUGAAGUCAAGUCUAUUGUUUCCCUCUGGGUGCAUACGGAGUCUCAGAUGUACCAUACCAUUAACUAAUUAAUUAACUGGUUUGAAUUCAUGAUGUUCCACACAUAUUCUUAUUUGAUAGACCUCCGUGUUUCACGAUACCUCAUUUUUUAAAUUCAGUGUUCAGUUAGGACUAAAACCAAAUCAGAAGUGUUAUCUGAAGUGAUUCAAGAAGUACAUUGUUAUCAAAAAAUGUUAUCGGACCAUCGGAACUGUUGCCAGAAGUGUAAAGAAGUGUUACCAGUACCUAAAAACUUCCAUCCGAACUCGUUCUUACUACGUUCUGAAAAUGUAGUCUCGGUGCAAGGUCGUGUUAUUCACACUCAUUCAACUACGCGAUCCCCCGUAGUUGGGAUGGAGGUAAAACAUAACUGUUAUCGGAAUUAUCAGAACUGGUAACAGAACUGUUAUCAGAAGUGGUCAGAGUUUUUACAAGAACUGUUACAGACCUGUCACCAGAAUUGUAAAUAGAGAUGUAACAAACUAUUAUCCAGAAUUGUUAUCAGAACGUUUAUUUGGAUUUUUUGGCAGCUGUUUCAGAACUGUUAUCAUAAUUGUUUGUUACCAGUUGUCAUAACUUGCACCAGAACUGUUAUCAGAAUUAUUACCAGAACUGUAAUUAGAACUGUUAAAAGAAAUAAAGAACGGUCACUAGA